UUUUUGAGCAGAACAGAAGGUUUUCCAACCAGCCAGUCCUAUUGAAGUUAAAGGUGACAUAGCGAUAGAGGCAACGAGGAAGAUGAUCAACCGUAGGGCCUUAGACGCUCUCCGGUCAACGGAAACCGUAGAGCUGGAAAGCGGCCUGUCACUGGUCCCACGUGUCAAGCUCAUAAUCACAGUCUCCCGCGCUGACAACUCCGUUUCACCGCUCGACGAGUGGAAGCUUAAGCGGUCGCUGAUUGAUUACCUGAAGAAUACGCAUUCCGUAUCCGUUCAGGAGGAAGACCUCCAAGUGCGGAGAUUCAAGGACCUGAACAAGCGCAAGCGCGACGAGCCGGUAGCUCGUGGAAGCUUCUGUAUUCGAGACCUAGGGUUUCUUGCGAAGCUAUUGAGCUCAAAAACUGAGAAGGACGAUGUCAAGGCAUUCGAGAAGAAAUUUCGGGAGUGGAGGAGAGGAAUUGUUGAGGGAAUGGAUGGUAUGGAUGUUAAUAUUGAAGGAACUAAGUUCAAGUUGAGUGUUGUGCUGCCUGCAUCUGAUGAUUUCGAAGCAAUGAAGAAGGAGUGGGAAGAGAUUGCUGCUUUUGGAGGUCGAGGAUAUCAAAAGGACUCGGGUAUACAGCCUGAUACAAUUGUGUUGAAAGGUUUGCCAUCACGAUGGUUUGCUGAGACAAGGGUGUCUCCAAAGCCUUCCGUGCUUGUCAGUCACACAAUUUUUUCAAUGUUUGGGGAAAUUAGGAACCUUGAUGUGGCUGAGGACAAUAAUAUAGGUAAGGAUGUUGGAGGCGAUGAAGGGAAUUUUAUUUCCGGGCUCCAAUGUAAGAUUGUGGUUCGGUUUGAGAAGCACAAGGACUUCUGCAAUGCUUUGAAUGCAUUAAGUGGCCGUUCAUUGCAAAAGCUGGGUUCGCGCUUGCUAGCUGAUUAUGAUGUAACUUGGGACAAGGAUGGAUACUUCAGAAAUGCUAGAAACCAAACAGGGGUAAGAGAUAGAUUGGCGCUUGCAAACGAAUCAUGGAGUGAACGAGUUGAAGCGCCGAGGAGUAGAUCAUACAAUUAUAGUCAUGUGGAUGGCCAAAGGAAGAGAUUCAAGGAAUAAGAUUGUGUUGCUUCAUUAUUUAAAAGCUUAACCCUGUCUAGCUGACUCUAUGGAAAUCACGGGUUUAAUGUUAUCACAAGAUGCAUGCAUGCUCCCCAGUUCCUAACUCUACUUGAUUGGGAGCUUCCUUGAUUGAUGUUGCACGGACAUGAGAAUACAAGAAACGCGACAUGCACAAUUAUCGAUUCAAAUGAAAUACAACUGCUUGAGAUGGUUCAAUAAAGUCUCUUCAAUGUUUUUGGAAAGUUCCGAAAAACCUUAAAAUAUUGAGGUGUUACUAGUUCAUGUUUUAAAUUAUAAUUGUGUGGUCUUUAGUGCUAGAGUAAUUUAUAUACCUGUGUCCUGUGUAAGUGUGUUAUUAUACACUUACGAACUCGAUCAACUGGAGAUAACAAUGACAUUCCUCAUCUAUAUUAAUUGACGCCAACGCUAUUUAUUAUGUUUAUUGUGAUUCUUUUUAUUGAUAAAUAUAGCAAG